AUGUCGACGCCGGCUGCUGCAUCGUCGACUAUCACACCAGGGACAAGCAACCCACUUGACAACAUCCGGAUAGGCAGAGUCGACUCAUACAAGGAAUUCGGCAAGAUCGGUGUGGGGGCCUUCGACGAUGCGUGGAAAGCGCGCCAUCGCCAUAGUGGCAGGAAGGUCGCCAUCAAGUCCGUGCGCGCCAGCAGAGAGUCGCUUCUACGUGAGGUUGCGCUGCUCGCGGCAUGCGCGGGUAACUCCACCGUGGUGGAGUUCCAAGAGGUGGUGCGAGGCAUGAAGGCGGACAAGCUCUACCUCAUCAUAGAGUACGCCCGGGCACAGCCUGCAUUGCAUCAUGGGCGCACGCCUAACCAUUGA